AAUCAAAGGGCAUAUGCAUGGAUACAUGUGCCGCAGGCCGCCGUCUUUUCUCGGGACAGUCAUUUCCGUCAUCCACCCGGACGUGAAUUCAGCGCCGCGACCAGCUGAAUGAACCCCAAGCCGACCCAACGCCAGCCCUCGGUUAAUAUCAGGCACACAUCCCGAGUUUUGCGAGUUCGCAUCAAAAGUUUGCAUGCACACUGUUGAAAUCCUCCUUCAUGACCGCCGCCCGAGUGCGCCGUCCCCCAGAAACCAAUCCCUUCGCCGGUUUCUUUCACGCGUCGCGACUUGCGGCCAAACUUGCCAAAUUACACACACCAUGCCGCGCAGGCGGUUAGCCAACCCGGCGACCCGAGUUCACCUUUUCUGCAGGGCGCUGGCACUUCUCUUUGAGCUCGCUGUCUUGAUCUUCCUCAUUUAUAUCAGCAAAGCGCUGGGCUACUCGAACGGCAUCAGAUACGCCGGUGUAGGUCCGCUUCCGCCGCUGUUUCUCGGUUCGCCCCGGCUAACAUGAUCAUCCCUCUCAACGUGUAGGUCGUCUGCGCAAUCUUGCACGAUGCCAGUCAAGUGGUGGCCCUCACUGAUCGUCAUCAUCGGCUGCGCCAUGUCCCCCCUCCGUGUGUCGUCAUCUUCGAUAUUGUCAUCCUAAUCCUCCUGGGCGCGAGCAUUGGGUACGACUUCGCUGAGGCCUUGUCUCACCUUGACAAGCGCGCCGGUCCCUUCUACCGUGCUCUCCUCGACGACCAGCACUACAUGGUAUAUACGAUGCUGUAAUUAAGCUCUCCAUUCUAAGGCACUUCCAGUUGCGCCACCAAGCCACUAAUCCCGUCUCCUAGGGCGGUACACGGAAUUCUUAUAGGUGUCUCCCUAU